ACAAUAAAUUUGCCACGCGUCAAUAACACGUAUUAUUAUUUAUUAAAAUAAAAAAAUAGUAAGAAAUUGAGUGUUAUUAUUAGGAAAAUAAUAUUUAUUUAAAUAUUAAAAAUGUCGGUGGUUGCUGUUGUUGGAAAAUUUUGGCAAGAGUAUGCUAAAAAUACUGGAAAAAAGCUGAAAAUUAUUGAUGCUUAUUUGCUGUAUAUAUUUUUGACCGGUGUCAUUCAAUUUGCUUAUUGUUGCUUGGUUGGAACUUUUCCUUUCAAUAGUUUUCUCAGUGGAUUUAUUUCAUGUGUAUCAUGUUUUAUUUUGGCUGUUUGCCUUCGAUUACAAGUUAAUCCACAAAACAAAAAUCAAUUCAAUGGAAUAAGCCCAGAACGUGGAUUUGCUGAUUUUAUUUUUGCUCAUAUUAUUCUUCAUCUUGUCGUCAUGAAUUUCAUUGGUUAAUAAUAUAUACAAAAUUUUAUUUAAUGUUUUGUUUAAAAAAUACUUUUCAAUUUUUUAUAUAAUGGUGAAACAAAUUAUACAAUAAAUUAAA